AUGUCACCUCAACAAGGAACCGCACUUAUCACAGGAUCUGCUCAGGGCAUUGGUCGCAGUAUCGCUCUGCGACUUGCGAGGGACGGCUUCGACAUUGCCUUGAACGACCUACCUACAAAAAGUGAGCAGCUGGUUGCUGUUGCUAGUGAAAUCGAGGCAUUGGGAUGCAAAGCGUGUAUCGUAACCGCGGAUGUGACAAUCGAAGAGGAAGUGAAGAACAUGAUCACCGACACCGUAAAAGAGCUGAGUGGAUUGGAUGUGAUGGUUGCCAACGCUGGCAUUCCAGGAGCCAACACUGUCUUGGAAACCACUGUUGAAGACUGGGAGCGCACGUUCACCGUUAACGCCCGCGGAGUCUUCCUUUGUUAUAAACAUGCCGCAGUACAGAUGAUAUCUCAGGGUCGCGGUGGUAGGAUUAUUGGCGCGAGUUCCAUUGCUGGAAAGAUCGGAUUUCCAUCAGCUGCUGCAUACUGCGCUAGCAAGUUCGCUGUCCGCGGAUUGACGCAGACAGCUGCUCUUGAACUUGGAAAAUAUAAUAUCACGGUUAACGCCUAUGCGCCGGGUGUCAUACAAACCCAAAUACUGGAUAGCAUUUCCGACCAAUCAGGGAACGUCAAGCUGGCAGACGAAGAUUCGACGAAUUACCUUAUUCAGCUAUUCGGGAACCGGCCGAUCAAACAUAAUGGCCAACCAGAAGAUAUUGCAAGCAUUGUCAAUUAUUUGGCAUCAAAAGAGGCGCAUUUCAUUACAGGGCAAUGCAUUUCUGUCGACGGAGGCGUCGUCUUAUCUUAG